GGCAGAAGAUUUUCGGUUAAGCAUGGCUCCAUCUCAGCAGGAUAGCACCUUGUUUUUUCCAGGUUCUAUUAUUGGCUUCUGGGUGUUUGCGAUUCAUUUAAUCACUUUUCAUUAUGUUUCCUAUACCCAUGGUUCCAUGUAGCGAACUGAGCGUACGUGCUCUCGGCACAAGCUUCAUUGUUUUUCAUCAUUUCUUUCUCUUGAUGGUUUCUUCUACAUCAGCAUUGCUGAGAACCCCUCAAAUUGCGACCCCUCGGAUAUUGCUUUCACAGAUCUCUACGGAUAUUGAUGCCUGUCCUUUCGGCAUUGUGUUGUCAGAUCUCGUAAUCUAGCAUUAACAUUCCUCUUCCAAGUUUAUACCUGCGCUUUAGUGAC